AACGUGAGCAACACACUGAAUUGAGCACAAAAUACUCCUCCUCUUAGCGGAGCUGUCAUUCAACACCAUGAUACUAUCGAGUGUGGUCGUGUUCGCCGCGCUGGCCCUUGCCGCCGCCACUGAAGUGCAACAAUGCUCCGAAGGACCUGAGCGUGUAAUAGCAAGCCUAGUAGAAAUUCAACCCUGCAAAAAAUUGCCGUGCAAAUUAAAGAAGGGAACAGAGCAGUUCAUCACCAUUGAGUUUACACCAGAUACCGACUUCCACGAUAUAAUUAACAAAGUAUCGGCUCAUGUUUUUGGUGUGAACGUGCCUUUCAUCGGAGUUGACGGUAUCUCUAUAUGUAAUAAAGUGUUUACGGAAAGUGAUGAGAAAGCGGCUUGUCCACUUAAAGCUGGCAAGAAGUAUAUCUAUAAGGAUUCUUUCCCCAUCCUGAGCUUCUAUCCCACGAUAGCUGUUCAGGUUCGCUGGGCAUUACAAUCCAAAAACAAGGAGUUUAUCUGUUUCGAAGUUCCAGCGAAAAUUGUUCAAUAGUAUACAAUUUUUUAGAAGCUAGAAGUUCGAAAUGUGCUAUAAAUACUAUAAGAUUUCUAUUUUGUACUAAGUUAGUUUUAAUUCGGGUUAUCGACUUAAUUAGUUAUGAAUUUUAGGUAUUGAUAAAUGACUGGAAAAGUGAUUAUAAUUAAAAGAAUCUCAAUAGUACAUCCAUUUACAUUAAAUAUUUUGUCUAUAUUUAACUUUUAAGGUUCGCAAUUAAAAUAAAAUUAAUUUUUGUUACAAGUAUAGGGAGAAUUUGUAUUAAAAAAGGAUGAAUAAAAAGAUUUUUUACAAUUACACCUUUUUAAUUCUAUGACAAUAGUGUUAUAUACGUUAAAAUAUCGAUUAAAAUAGUUUGUUCCAGGAUUAAAAUUUAUUUAGGUCUGGCGGCUGUAAUGACAGCGGGUACUUCGAAGCAGAUGACGUUGUGUUGGUCAUCUUUUAGCGCCCAGUGCACGCGUAACUUAACUGUGGGAUAAAAGGCCUCAAUGGGAAAGACAUUGGUGUAGACGUAUUCUUCCCCGGCGGCGAGGGGGCAGGGCGCGGGGGUGCCGUCGACCCGCGUCACUUGCGGGCACGCGCUCACGCCAGUCACCCCGAGGAACGGCAGGGGUAUGUUCCCAAUAUUCGCGUAAACCUCGUUCACGAGCGUUUUCACCUCAUGUUCUGAAAUGACAA